AACGGGACCUAAAAUAAAUGAAAUUCCGUAAGAUUUAAUUAAUAAAAGAGAAAUUUUUUGUUUCAGCAAACGGUAAUGAGGAACAAGGAUAAGAAUAAGAAUAAUGCAAGUUGAGCUGGCAUAGCAGAUGUGUAAGCAUUGAUGGCAUUGGCCCCUUAAUUAACACUUGGAGGUUUCCAUUGGUUACUACUUUCUAGGCUUCUCUUACCAAUAGUCAACAGUUGCAGCUUGUUUUGUCCACUCGUUAUUUGUCUACGUUGCAUUGUUAACUUUAGGGUGAAGGAAUAGGAAAUGAUGGGAAAGAAGAGUUAUGUGGCAACGAGGGCUGGGCAAGAAGCAAGUGAUCUUAUCAGUUCCGAUUUCAAAGAGCUAGUAUUUGCUGCUAAGAAGCUUGCUCAUCAUGCCUUCAAGUUGGGUUCUUUAGGAUUUGGGACAUCGGUUCUUGAAUGGAUCGCUUCCUUUGCUGCAAUUUAUCUAUUGAUCUUGGACCGAACAAAUUGGAAAACAAAUAUUCUUACGGCACUAUUAAUCCCAUAUAUCUUCUUGAGUCUUCCUUCCUUAUUGUUCAACAUCUUCAGGGGACAGGUUGGAAAAUGGAUUGCUUUUGUUGCUGUUGUUUUGCGCUUGUUCUUCCCUAGACGUUUCCCUGAUUGGCUGGAGCUUCCUGCUGCUUUGAUUCUUCUAAUAGUGGUGGCUCCUACCUUAUUUUCAAGCACCAUAAGAAACGACUGGAUUGGUGUGGUGAUAUGCCUUGCCAUUGCUUGUUACCUUCUCCAGGAACACAUCAGGGCAUCGGGUGGGUUUCGAAAUUCUUUCACACAAGCGCAUGGAAUAUUGAACACAAUUGGCAUAAUUAUUCUGUUGGUCUACCCUGCUUGGGCUUUGGUACUUGACAUCCUGUAGGUUUAGAUCAUUGUUUUUAGUUUUGUGAAGUUCAUGAAUUGUUUCGCUGUACCAUUAAUUUGUUGAGACAUACAAAUUCAUUGUCAUUGUUGGGCCAUCAGACAUGGUUUUUCUGUGUUGCUUUUUCUGCAUUCGUAAGAAUUCCUUGUUUAAAGUACUUAUUAUAGUAAUAUUUUAUUAUUGAACCUUCAUACUCCAGUGGAAAAAGUAAAAGAGCGGACAGUGGUGGGAGUUUGUUGAACUCCCGCAAUAAAUUCUAAGAUGAACUUUGGAAUGUUUUGAAAUUAAAUUGAAGACUUUGGAAUAACUUUGGCCCUCCUAUUUAUUGUGGUGUGUGACAGGUUGGUUUGAAUUAUUAAAAUGUUUUAGGCUUUGUUUUGUUUUUUUUUCUUUUGUUUUUUCUUGACAAAAAAAAAAAAAGACCAGGGAAUUUGG